UGGGAGAGACUAUGCAUUAAAAAUAAUUGAUAAACUUAAAUGCCAAGGAAAAGAAGCCUUAUUAGCAAGAGAAGUCGCUAUUUUAAGACAAGUUGGUCAUCCAAAUAUCAUCAGCUUAAUAGAAGAACAGGAAACAAAUAAUCAUUUAUUUUUAGUAAUGGAAUUCAUAAAGGGAGGUGACUUAUUUGAUGCCAUAGCUUCAGCUGUAAGAUUUUCAGAAGAAGACGCAAGUAUAAUGGUCAGUCAUUUGUGUCAUGCUUUAGCCUAUUUACAUUCUCAUGAUAUUGUUCAUCGGGAUGUAAAGCCAGAGAAUCUGUUAGUUCAGAUUAGUGAUCAAAGAAUACAGUGUCUUAAACUAGCUGAUUUUGGACUUGCCCAAAUUGUUACGGAGCCAUUAUAUACUGUAUGUGGAACACCAACCUACGUAGCACCGGAAAUACUUGCAGAAGUUGGAUACGGCCUAAAAAUUGAUGUUUGGGCUGCUGGUGUCAUUUUGUACAUACUUUUAUGUGGCUUUCCACCUUUCGUUUCUACGGAUAAUGAACAAGAAAAAUUAUUUGAAAAAAUUCUCUGUGGACAGUAUGAAUUCACUUCGCCGUAUUGGGACAGCAUCUCAUCAUCAGCCAAAGAGCUUAUUUUAAAUAUGCUACAAGCUCAACCGGAACUGAGAUUUAGUGCAGAAGAUGUUCUUGAUCAUUCGUGGCUAUCGAUAGAGAAAGAUAUGCAUCUAAAAGUCAGUAGAGAAGUUAAGGACGAAAUAGAAGAAAUGGAAUAA